AUGGCGGCUCAAGUAAAUUUCGUUAGCGAAAUUAACAGCAAGUCAAUGAAUUGGAAAUUAAAGGUUCGUGUUGUCAGGCUUUGGGAAAAUCCGGAUCGCGACAGACCUGAUACGCCUUUUUCUAUUGAGAUUAUUGUGAUGGAUGAAAAGGGCGACCGCAUUCACGCAAGUAUUGGCAGGUUCAAUCAACAAAUUAAGGAAAUGGGUUUGUACAUCAUGAAGAAUUUCGUGGUUUGUCCAAAUAAUAUGAAACUGAAGACCAAAGACCACAAGUUUAAGUUGAUGUUCACGCAUAAGACCACUGUUGAGGAAAUACAUGAUCCACAUUUCAACAUGUGCAUCUUCAAAUUUAAAACAUAUGACCAGCUAUCAAAUCCUCAGGAAUUUGACAAUACGGAGCUAUUCGAUGUUAUUGGCGAAAUUGUGAGCUAUGAAGACGUACAAUCUAUCAAACAAGAUGAUAGCAUCCGUAUGUUCAUGAACAUUGAGAUACAAAAUUAUGAGAGCAAUACUAUUUCUGCAACUCUUUGGGGAGACUUUGUCGAACAGAUCAAGCUGUAUUUGAAUGGAUCCAAUGAUAAGCCUGUUGUCAUCGUCAUGCAAUUGAUUAGAGCACAUCGAUAUCGAGGUUAUUAA